UAUUCCUUUGUGGCCUUCAUAUUCGUUUCGUUGGGACGUUUUUAAUUUUGGUUAACACGCUCGCAACAAACAACCAACCUUGGAGCAGAGACGACGAGAAUCAACCAACUCCUGAACACCAAUAGGAUAGAACUAAUAAAGAAAGGAAUUGGAUUGGACACAUUUAUUGGACAGGAUUAUUUAAAAAACAGCAGGAAACAAAUGAUUGGUGUUGGAAAAUAGUUGGAUAGUCUGUGAAGCUUGCAAUGCCGAAACACCAAAAGACCAAUCAGACUGUGGGGGAUGGUCCACCAUACAACGAAGAGAACGGUGGUGGGCCUCCAAAUAACAUCAAGGAAGGCUAUGGAUUAAGUACAAAGGUAGCCUUGGGUCGUUUACACGAUGAAAUUGAAAAAAUUCUCAAGGAAUUUGAGCAAAAGUGGGAGGCAGAGAACUGGUACCUCAAGAUACGAUCGGCAUUUGUUAAACGUUACGAUAGUCCCUUAGGAUGGUCAUCAAUUGCCACCUCACUUCUGACGACAGUGGUAUUGCUUAUCGCCCAGUCAUAUUUAGCAGCGUUUUGUUUGGCAGCUAUCUUAUCUUUAGAUUUAUAUGUUGUCAUACGAGAGAAUAAUCUGCGACGCACUGAGGUUUACCGCAAAACGCGAUUAAUAUUAAAUGAUAUACGUUUGGCUGAAGUUGAGCUGUGUGCCGAUUGGCAGCCAUGUAAUUAUCCGCACAAUUGUUGCCCCCUGUCACCCUGUGUGUCCUUGCAAUGGACCUACAGAGAUGGAGUUAUUGUCAAUUUGCCAUGGGCUUUGUUGGUGAAGGGUGAUUAUAUUGUAAUGCGACCGGGUCACAUUACUCCUGGGCCCUGUACAGAACUGAAUGGAAAACGUAGCUUCAAUGCUCAUGAAAUUUAUGGCGUUACACAUAGUGAGCCGCCACCAUUAAAGCCAAUUGCACGUACCCCCUUGCCGGAUAUGGUGUGUUGCCUGGAAUCGACACCGUACUUGAGUAAUUUAAGAUUAAUUUUGGAAAAUUGUUCCAAGCGACCACCGACAAUCUAUAAUCAGCAGAGAUAUUUGCUGGUUACAAAAUACAUACAACAAUGGGGUUUUAUAUGUGCCAUUGCUGUUACCUUUUUUGCCGGAAUUCUGAGGCUACAUGGUUUCGGAAUAAAUUCUUCCAACAACCUUUAUCAUGAAACUUGGAUGGAUGUAAUGAUUGACUCGCCUGCCUCAGCAGUCAUACCGCUAUUGCCGUUAAUAUUUCCUCUUCUCUGGAUUUCUAUGAAUCAUUGGGGUGUGGCACGUUUACAGUGUUUCUUGAGGACGCCACAGCUGGUUAUGGGCAAAGACUCGGAGAAAUCCUUUGAAGAAGACGAUAUGCCGGCAUUUGACUAUGAAAAUAUGGCAUUACAUCGUUCAAAAGUGUUUCGCAAUUGGUUGCAAUUGUGGCGUGGUAACAGUGAAUUGCUACCACGUUCGGCAAACUUGGUACAAGUUUUAGGCUCUAUAACUGCCCUCUGUUGUGUGGAUAAAAAGGGUAUUUUGUCAUGGCCAAAUCCAACUGCCGAAAAGGUAUUUUUUCUACACGAUACCGAAGAAGAUGAGAUGGAGGAGAAAAGUUGUCAGAGUUCAUUUAAUUCGGAAAGUGACAUUGCCGACAAUGCAGUGCAAAAGGGAAAUGGUGUGGUUGCUGAAGUCUUGGAUUUAACCCAUGAUCAGCACUGUCCAUUUCGUUUGGAAUUUGAUGAUCAAGAAUGGAAAAAUCACAUAAAGUCCUUGAAGCCUUUGGGUCUUGCCAUACUCUUAAAUACCUGCUCACCAUUGACCCAUGGCCAUUAUGCCCAAUUUUGUGGCCAUGUCACAGCAGUGGCUAUGCUAGAUUCAAACUUAGUUCCUGUCACUAACCGGUAUGAGCUCGUAGAGUCCAGUAUGAAAAGCUUUUUGCAUGGACGAUGCCUUUGUGAAUUGGCUAAACAAAUAGGUUUUACAGAUCAUGCCACCGACUGUUUCAGUUUGGAGGGCCAAUUGGCCACGUAUAGACAUUUACAACCUGAUGUUGUGCGUCGCGAUAUACGUUUUGCCCGCCAAUUGCAAUUAUCCUCAAAAGUUAAGGUACCCUUUCCCCACUCUCUGUCGGUGGUUAUGCGUGAAAACCCCGGUGGCUAUUUGUCGCUCUUCACCCAAGGCACUGCCGACAUAAUUUUGGAUUGUUGCGACGAUUUUUGGGAUGGCAUCGAUUUGCGUCCCCUCUCGCCACAGGAUCGUAAACGAGCCUUGGAUUUCUAUCAGCGUAGUGCCCUAACUGCCUACUGUACAGCCUUUGCAUAUCGCCCACUAAGACAUGGCAUCAAUGGAGCCUUGAGUGGCGGACCCAAUAAUGAUGGUAGCAUUGCCUAUUUGGAACUGCCGCCCGAAUCUAAAUUACGCAUGCAACAUGUCGAUAAAAUGCAUUGUGAUUUCGAAGGUGGCCAUGGUAAAUUGAGUCACAGCAUUAGCACAGAUUCUCUGCUGUUUUCGGAAAGCAAAGAGGAAGACAUUACCGAUGUGGAGGGUUGCUUUGAGAUGCAGUGUCAUCAAGUAUUCAUAGGCAUGGUGACAAUGCAGUAUCAGGCUCAGACAGAUAUAGUACAGUUAGUGGAACGUCUGGAACGGGCCUGUAUACGGUUUGUCCAUUUCAGUAAAGAGAACGAAUUGCGGUCCCGUGUUUUCUCAGAGAAAAUGGGUCUGGAAUCCGGUUGGAAUUGUCACAUUUCAUUGUUGAGUGAAUCGGAUGAGAAAUCAGCGGCGGCCACGCAGCAAUCACCCAAAAUUGCGGGUAAAACAGAUCUCACCAACACCACCACUACUACUACGACUGCGACGAACAAUCCCAUUACCCCGAGUUCUCAUGUUAACACCAAAAUCACCACAGCCCAUAAAACCAACAACACCACCACCACCACUACAACCACUUGUUCUACUAAUAAAAAUCGUAAUAAUCCAACCAUUAUCGCCACCUCCACCAAUUCCACAUCCAAUAACCGCUCAUCAGUAGUAUCUCAUGAUGCGAACGACCUCAUACCGACUUCAGCCACAACCACCACCGCCAUCAUAACAACAACAACCUCAGCCACAUCUGACAUUCAUGAUAAUUCCAUUGCAACUAAUGUUUUAGGUAAUAUGGCCACGGACGAUGAAACAUCCGAUUUGAAUUGUCUCUUGCCGCCGGUAACCAAUUUAGAGUCUUCCAAAACUUUGAGCUCAUCAGCGCCCGGUGCCAUAUCGGAUCACGAUUGCACUUUACUAAAUGCCACCAAUGGAAACCAUGAAACCUAUUCGAAUGCCAGUUUGGCGGGUUCAAGAGAAUCCCUCAACGAUCGCCGGCGACAAUCGCAAGACUCGGCACUAGAUGAGAAUUGCCGUUCCAUAAGCAUUCUAACCGAGAGCACCGAACAAAGUGCUCCGGUACAUUUUGACAUGUCAAAUCGUGCCAAAUUGCCACGUGGCAUAGAGAAUAUACGGCCUCACUUGGAGAAGGUUGACAAUGUUCCUCUGCAAGUUUCCCUCUUCACGGACUGUUCAGCUGAGGCCACUAGGCAGAUGUUGGAAAUAAUGCAGUCGUAUGGAGAAAUUGUGGUUUGUUUGGGCUCGUCGGCCAGCAAUUCCAAUGCUGAGAUCUUUUUGCAGGCCGAUUGUAGUAUAGGCGUGGAACCGCUCUAUCCUCAAGUAUGUCAGGAUAUUGAGGCCUAUACCGAGGCAAAUAUUGUCAACAAUAAAUUGAGAGCUAAGACAAUAAAACAUUCGACAGCGGCGGAAACUUUGCAGGACGAACAGUGUGCCGCUGAAGAACUAUUGGAGACAGGACAAUAUGGUGGUUGUUCGAGCAAUGCUCGUCCCAUGCAAUCGCCGGGCAAUACCAUUUCACCGAUCUAUUUAAGUCGUAUGCUCAAUUCACUGCCCUGUUCGAUAUCGGUGAAACGUGAAGACCCCCUGUCGCUUGUGGCCAUUAUUGAGUUGUCACGACGUUUCUCCUCUGGCCUCUGGAAUUGUAUACAAUUUUGGGCAUGCUGUGCAGGCUCAUUGUCAUUGAUAAAUAUGUUGUGUGCUUGUUUGAGUCUGAGACCCAUACUGACGCCACUAAUGGUUAUCUACUUGAUGUCAAUACCAGUUCCAUUGAUCUCCUUAUCAUUGGCCCACAUCGAUUUGGAUCCGAAAAUAAUGAAUCGUGCAACGGGGAAAAAGCAAACGGAAUAUGAUACGAGAGUUUUUGGUUUUGUCCUGUGGUGUUAUGGUUGUAAAUUUCUGGCACCGGUACUGGUAGUGAUUUUAUCUUAUUGUGCAUUUAUGGAUCAUCCAUUUAAAUUUAUGGACGUGGAGGAGGACGAUAAACAUAUCAAUUUGGAAAUUGCCCGAAUAUUUGGAGUAUUGGGAGUAUUAUUGCAUUUUGUUACGGUAUCCGCUUCCUUUGUGCAUCGUGAUCAUUCGUUGUGGCAAAAGAAUCCUUUUCGCAAUAGUAUUUGGACCCUCAGCUGCUGUAGUAUUCUUGUAUUUCAUGCCUUGGUAAGUGUCACACAAAUUCUUCUUGAUGAAGAAUUGCGCGAUCAUGUCGCAGAAGCAUGGCCGGCGAUUGUUUUCAUAUUCUGCGGCAUCCUGAUAAGUCUGAUUGUAUCGGAAAUUUGCAAAUGGCAAGAAAUCAAAGUUAACACAAGAUAUCAACGACGUGCUCGCUUAGAUUUUGGUACCAAAUUGGGUAUGAAUUCGCCUUUCUAAAUCCAAACUUGGUUAUAAAAUGAACGGAGAAAAGGCGAAUAAAAAAGAACAUAAAAGACUUCCAUAACAAGUAUACAUUUUUUAUUGGUUUUAAACUACAUUCAAUGGAUUUCAAAUUGAUAAUCAUUGGGGGCAAAAGUGUAAAUGUUAUAAAGGUAGGGUAAGUGUAUAAGAUUAAAAUACAAUAUCUGAAAUAUUGGGUGUCCUAAAUCCAAUUACAACAGUUUCCAGUGACCUACCUUUGUGAAUUUACAAUUUUGCCAAAGAAAAGAAAAAACUACUACUACUUUUGGCCAAAUAUUUUUUUAAAUUUAUGUUUCCCUCUUAGUUUAGAAUGUGUUCAAUUGUAUAAUUUUAUGAAUUUGUGUAUAACAGAUAUAUACGUAUGGAUGAAUGUAUGUACGAUUUUAUAGAGUUAACACAAAAACAAAAAAAAAACGAUUUCAAAUUACAAAAUUCUGUAUAAGCAGCCUACAAGUACAUAUAUUUUAAAAAAUAACAUAUACAAGUAUAUAGAUUUAGAACGUAUACAUCAUAUUUAAAUUAUCAUCCACAUUUAUACGAAUAUUUGACAUUUGAAAAUGUCAACGUAGGUUUUAUUCAAUUGUACUUACAAUUUUAUUGUGUUUUAAUACUUUUCCCCCCUCCCAAACUUUUUUCUUUGUUAUUUAUGAAAAACACUAUUAAUAUAAGUAAAUUGUAUAUAAAUGAUAAAACAUUUUUUUUUAAAUAAAUGUAUGUAUUAUAUAAAAAACAAA